CCGUGGCGCUCAUAACCUCACUAACGUACACAUUGCGAAGGAACUGAGGUGCUUUUGUGUGGUGUUUUCCGGCAGAAAAUGCACACGGAGAUGAUGGCACACGGUCUGGAGGAAAAUUCACCAUCUGUGGCGACUCACAAUGCCUUGGAACAUUUUGUGGCGCUGGCGAAAAUGGCCAGAGGAGCCGCUUGUUUAGACCUCAUUAAGCAAGUGCUUGAGGCUCCCGGAGUGUAUGUUUUCGGGGAGCUCCUGCAGAUUCCCACCAUCAUGGAGCUGGAGAAUGGGCCACACAUGAAAUACUACAACGCCCUGAAUCUGUUCGCGUACGGAACGUUCCGGCAGUACUUGGAGAAGAAGGAUCAGGUGUUGGAGCUGAAUGGGACGAUGAAAAAGAAGUUGCAGCACCUUACCAUCGUCACACUGGCCAUCCGGACGAAGUGUAUCCCCUAUCAGACGCUCCUCGUCGAGCUGGACAUCUCGAACGUGCGCGACUUGGAGGACUUGAUCAUCGAGGCGAUCUACGCAGACAUCAUUCACGGCAAACUCGACCAGAAAAACAGUCAACUGGAAGUGGAUUACGCCAUCGGGCGGGACAUCCGUCCGGGUGACAUCAGCCAGAUUGUCGGCACACUGCAGGAAUGGUGCGACUCGUGCGCCUCGGUUCUCAACUGCAUCGACACGCAAAUUCACCGCGCGAACGCCGAAAAGGCGCGCAGCAUCAAGCACAAGGAGAAGAUCGACCAGGAAAUUGUGAACCUGAAGAAAGCCAUCAAAUCCCAGACGCUCGACUGCGACGAGGCGAUGCCGAUGGAGAUGAGAGAGCAGAGUAACCAGGAGAUGAGGAAGAAGUCCACCAAGAGCAAAACCGGCAAAUCCAGCGGCAAGUCGUGGUUUAAGAACUUCAAUUGAGAUCCACUUAAGCACUUAUCAAAUUUAUUAUAUGAAAUU